UCUCAGUUAAUCUCAUUUUGUGCUUAAAAAUAAUAACUCUUCAAAUAUAUACAUUGACUGGUGAUUAUUUUUCAUGUUUUAUAAUUGAUCAGUCCUAGCAGGAUUCACAUCAAGAAAUACAUAGAACCAGAUCAACUGAGAUCAAACAUGAAAUGCAUGGUUCUGGCAGCCAGUUUAAGAACAACCGACUUGGCUAACAAAGCUGCUGGAGAUCUUGGUUUAUUCGUCAGUCUUCCCUGCGAUGGUCAGGAGUUCAAUCGAGAGAAGUUGAUGGCUGGUGAGACUGGCCAUUGCUCAAGGAGGUGAGCCAUAGUUACAUAUAUAUCUCGCUGAAGUGAAUGCACUGCAAUCAUCUGAUUGAUGCUUCAUGAAGAGGUGGACAGACGGACUACUCCUAAGGCAGUCAAUGUCCGCCUGGCGAUAUGGAGGUUAUAUGGUCAUUCCAUUUCUCCAUCCUAUAAUAUAUUAUACAUGGCGAUGGCUGCGAUCUGUAUAGGGCAAUCCCUCUUCUCUGCGCCAGAUGUUCAUGCCAUGCCAUGCCAUGUAUGAAGCAGGAGUGAAUCGAGGCUGCUUCGACCUCCCACGGCUCUUUCCCUCCUGUCCGAGUCCAGGGAAUCCUAUAUAUUCCUCUCCUUGUCCUCUUUGUCCCUCCUUUUCUUCAUCUCCUUCUUCUUCUCCUUGUCCUCCUCUUCUACAUCCUCUCCGCCCUCUCUAUCUUAUAUAUCCCAGUCUCUACUGUCUUUGUUUCAGAUUAUAUCCAGUGAAUAACUUCUUUUUUACACCCGCUAUUCACGUAUCAAGCACAUAACUACCUAUCUAUCUCUUCUAAACUCUUAGCACCCGUUUAAGUCCUCGUGUCCUCUAGCAGGCAGCAGCAACAAUCAUGACCCUUAUCUCAAUCAACGGCAAUCAGCUUGACCCGCUCGCGCAGUCCCGGCAGCUGAGGGGCCUUGGCUUGCAGGCAGAAAAUGCUUCCAAAUCAGACUACAUCCUCAUCCAGGCAGGGCCUGACCGUCUGUCAGAGAAUCAGCGCCGCGUGCUUAAGGACUUAGGUGUAGAUAUCAAAGAAUACGUCUCUAAGGAUACAUACCUUUGCAGCUACAAGGGUGUGGACCUAACGGAGAUCCGUUCGCUAGACUUCGUCUUUUGGGCCAAUCCCUACUUGGAACAGUUUGUUGUACAGUCGUGUCUCAAGUCAAACCCACCGCGUUCCCAACCUAUCUCAGCUUUCACCGCUACCCCCAAGACCAGUCGCCUCCAAUUGGUCGAUAUCAUCAUGCACCACGAUGUCGAUGCGACGGACGAUGCUGUCAAAGCGGCAGUUGCAAGGGCUGCUCGUGCUGAUUUGAAGUCUCUUAAAGCUUCUGCAAGGAGCAUCCGUAUUCACCUGCAGCAACAGUAUCUCGAUGAUGUAGCCGCCAUCGACGCCGUCUACCUCAUUCAGCAGGUCCAUCCCUUCGUUCUUUGGAACAACAAAGCCUGGGAGAUCCUAGACUGUGACACCACUAACAUGUCUGCCCAUGUAAGCGAAUAUCUGGGUGAGGGCCAGGUCGUCGCGGCCGCUGACACCGGAUUCGAUAUUGGCAAAACGGAUGAUACUCAUCCUGCUUUCACUGGCAGGGUCAAGCACCUUUACGCUCUGGGGAGACCAAAUGCAACUGACGACCCAGACGGACAUGGCACCCAUGUUGCCGGCUCCAUUCUUGGGGAUGGCGACUCCCCUUCUAUGGGUGGGAAGAUUACGGCCGCUGCACCCAAAGCCCAGCUUGUACUACAAUCGGUCCUCGAUAGUUCUAAUGGCUUGGGUGGCAUCCCGUCAGAUUUGAGUGAGCUUUUUAUCGUUCCGUACGAAGAACACGGCGCACGCAUACACACCAACUCUUGGGGGUCGUCCUCUCUAUUUGGCCAGAUUCCCUACGAUGUGUCAGCUUCGCAGGUGGACAAGUUCAUCUGGGAGCAUCCUGAUAUGCUCAUCCUUUUUGCUGCUGGUAACGAGGGUUUAGACCGCAACUUCGACGGCGUCAUCGACCUCAGCCAGAUUGGGUCACAGGCAGCGGCGAAGAACAUCCUCACUGUUGGUGCGAGCGAAAAUAAUCGUCCUGAUAUCGGCGUCCAAUACGGCUUUCGUUGGCCAUCAAGCCCUUUCCGUACUGACCUAAUGGCCGACAAUCCUGCUGGAAUGGCGGCAUUUAGCAGCCGUGGGCCUACCGUAGAGGGGCGUUGCAAGCCUGAUGUUGUCGCCCCUGGAACUGCCGUCUUGUCUUCUCUCUCUCGAAAUGCCCAGGCCGACUCUCAAUAUGGAGAAAGCCUUGAUCCCCAGUGGUGGUUCCUUGCGGGCACAAGUAUGGCAACUCCCCUGGUUGCUGGAUGUGCUGCAGUUGUGCGCGAAUCUCUUGUCAAGAACGGCACACCUAACCCUAGCGCCGCGCUUGUGAAAGCUCUUCUUAUCAAUGGUGCAGUUGAGCUUGUCGGGCAGUAUGACCCCAGCGAAGCAGGCCCGUCCCCGAACAAUAACUCCGGGUUUGGCUUGGUUAAUCUCAGAAACUCCAUUAUUUUACCCAAUCAGGAGGACGGAGGCUUCUACGAAGGAGGUCCCUUGGAGCAGGGUCAGGGCCUGGACAAACCUAUCACCGUCAACAUUCCUCCAGGUACAUCGGCAGAAGGUUCGGUGCUGAAGGUAACACUCGUAUGGUCCGAUCCACCAGGUGCAGAGCUUCAAAACGACUUGGAUCUGCUCGUGAGAACUGCUAAUGGCCAAGAGCGUCACGGAAAUAUGGGCGAGGAGACUGAUUUCGAUAGAGUUAACAACGUCGAGCAAGUUACGUGGACCAACAUUCCAGACGGAGAAGCACAAAUCAUCGUAAGCGCAUUCCGCAUCACCCGUGAUGACGCCCCUCAGCCAUACGCCGUGGUAUGGAGCAUCAACCGGCCUAUCAAGCCUACGGCCGCAGGAGGAGAUAAAGCAAGCUGAAACGAUGAACCUUCCCUUCCUUCACCCCCUAUUAAACCUAUAUUGUUACGUCUGAAUUUCUUGCAGAUGAUUUGCACAUGAUCAAACCACACUCCUUAAUUAACCUAGGACAGAACCCUAAAAUGGAGAAGAAAAAAAAGGGGAAGAGAAAGAGAGAAAACUGGCAAAAAUGGAACCGAAAACUCGAAGCUUUCUCCGUUAGGGAAGACAACUUUAAGAGCCCCAGUUUGUUUUAUAUCUCAGGAAUGGAAAUUUGAAUCAAUUAAUUGCCUUCUCGACUAAUUGAUGUACUGUGUAGCUGUGCAACUGCCAAUCUUGUGGUAUUUCAAUUAGUUGUAGGCCAUGGCGACCAUCAGCCGCAAAAUAAGCUCUCUUGUAGACGGGACUCGGUGAUCUGCAAUCAG